UCACCCUUCUCCCUGCCAUCAACCGCCCAAAAGAUCAUCCUCGCGCUCGAGCGCGGUCUUUAUGCUGUACGCCGUUAUAGGCAUAUUUCAAAUCCAGGCGAUAGUUGCCCACAGGCCGCUUUUCCGACUCUCGACGGUCUAGACCUUUCACCCAAUUUGUAUGUACCUCGUUAUACGGCAUACUCUCUGAUCUUCAUUUCGGAGCACCGACCGAAGAUCACUGACCAAUAGUACAUACUAGUGCACGAGAUCGAUAUGACCGACCCUCUCCAGCCAGCUUGAAGAGGAAGGACGUUGGAGAUGGGCACCGUCGUGGUCCCUGGUAUUCGUCCGUCUGUUGUCCCUUCGACUUCCGUCCGCGGGGAUGCCAUAUCCUGUUCUAUACGAAAACGGCAGCCGUACUAUUGUUCUACUUGAUAUUCCUUCGUCCAUUGAACACGGUCAGUCUACGUCACAUUACCUAAAAAGCUGUCCUGCUUUGAAGAGUUCCUACCCCAGCACCGAACCAAAAGGAAUCAAACGCGAUGCUGCAAUCGACAAGAUACCCAUAAGUGAGCGGAGGUACCACGCCUCGCUUCAGCAUCAGAUCUCUUCGGCCCUGACCGAGAUAAACGAGCAUCUAUCCGGUAGAGGUGGACUUUGGUGCAGGAAACGUGGCGCCUUACUACCACAACAAGAUGGGCACAAUGGAGUCCUGUCUGACCAUAAUGCUCCCCGGCAUACAGCUCCGACCUAUCCAACCGUGUGCACCGACCAUCUUUCGACUGCUAGUAUAGUGCCCCUCAUACUGUCAACCACAGAACCGCGCAACAACUUGCCUUCCCAAAACAAUAUCCACGCUAUUGUCGUGCACAAUCCGAGAUUACAUCGUGCGAUCAUAGACACAAUCGAUAGGGGAGCCUUCUAUGUUCCACCUCGGGCUACAUUUAUCCGAUCAAGCUUGAAAUUGGGACAACAGGCCUUCUUAGCUUGUCAAAAGCACAAGCUCCUGGACACGAGGUUUGAUCUGAUCUUGAUGGACCCGCCAUGGUCGAAUCGUUCUGUACGCCAUUCAGGCGCAUAUCAGACAUCAGAAGACCAAAUAGUUGAUCCAUUCCAACAGGCAGUGGAUAUCGUCAGAACAUCACUUGCUCCAAAUGGGCUGGUUGCUGUUUGGGUCACCAACAAGGCCUCGAUUCAGAGUACUGUCCAUGGAACUUUCCAUUUUCUAGAAUAUCACCUCUUUGAGGAAUGGAUAUGGAUCAAGACAACGGUCCAUGGCGUACCUGUCAGCCCACUCGACGGGAUAUGGAGACGGCCAUAUGAGGUUCUUCUGUUGUUUCGAGAAGGACCAACCUCCCAGCCACCCCGGAGACGAGUCAUUGCUGCCGUGCCAGAUCUUCAUUCGAGGAAGCCAUGCUUGAAACUUCUUCUGGAAGACCUUCUCCCCAGUAACUACAAUGGCUUAGAACUGUUUGCGCGGAAUCUCACUUCUGGCUGGUGGUCUUGGGGCGAUGAAGUCCUCAAAUUCCAGCAUGAAAGUCAGUGGACAGCUUGAAACAGCAUGAGGGAGGAUUCUGCGCCAUGCCGUGCCUUGAUCUGGAGUCUUCGUUCAAAAUGUGACAAGUAUGCCAGAGCUCAACGCUGACGUCUUGGGACACACUAUUGACGCUCAUGGUCAAUCCGUUCAACCGAUGUUGGUAUUUGUGUUGCUCUGGCAAGUUCCGGAUCCAGCCCUGUGCUUCGAUCUAGGUCUAGGCAAUCGUCGAACGUUGCGCCAAGCUGCUCUGUACAGUACCUGUCCAUCCUUGUCCAUCCUCUACUUCUUUAUCGCUACU